AUGGCAGCUCUUCCCAACAAUGUCCACGUCUCAAACCACCCUUGCUUAAGGGCCAAGCUGAGCCAGUUGCGUUCAAAAAGCACGCCUGCAAAGGACGUCAAGUCAUUAGUCCACGACAUCUCUCUUAUCAUUGGCUGCGAAGCACUGGCAACAGCAAUCACCACGGCCCCCGGCCCCAAGGACGUCACCCCGCUCGGCUUCGAGUACGAGACAACAACGAUCCAGCCCAACACCAUCUCCAUAGUGCCCAUCCUGCGCUCGGGCCUGGGCAUGGUCGACGCCGUGCAGACCCUCCUCCCCGACCCCGUCGCCGUGCACCACCUCGGCCUGUACCGCGAGCCCUCGACCCUCGAGCCCGUCGAGUACUACAACAACCUGCCCGAGCACGUCAACAGCGGCGGCGGCGCCGAGUCGCCCUCCAGCCUCGCCGUCAUCGUCGACCCCGUCAUCGCCACCGGCGGCACCUGCGCCGCCGCCAUCCAGACCCUGCGCGAGUGGGGCGCCCAGCGCAUCAUCGUCCUGAGCGUCCUCGGCGCCCAGCCCGGCCUCACGAGGGCCGCCGGCGAGUGGCCCGAGGGCGUCGAGAUCUACGUCGCUGGCCUCGACGAGGAGCUGACUGCUGGUGGAAUGCUGAAGCCUGGGCUGGGUGAUGUGGGCGACCGGCUGUUUUUGACAAUUGGAAAGUAG